CAGGAGGUGUGACAUCUAUGGAUGAAUUCUUGCUCAAAUUUUUCCCAAAUGUGUAUCACAAGGAGAAGUCUAUGAAAAAUGGGGGAAGCCAAUACUGCAAAUUUAGUGAUCAUUUGUUGCAGCUCUUCACUUCAUCACUAUAUGUAGCAGCAUUGGUUUCGUCAUUUGGAGCAUCAAUAACCACGAAGGCGCUUGGUCGCAAGAUCUCCAUGCUUAUCGGUGGUCUAAUUUUCCUAAUAGGCGCUAUCCUCAAUGGUGUGGCGAUGAAUCUUGGCGUUCUCAUCCUUGGUCGGCUUCUACUUGGUGUUGGCAUUGGUUAUGCCAAUCAGUCGGUACCAGUUUACCUAUCGGAAAUGGCACCAGCUAAGCUGAGAGGAGCGCUCAACGUGUGUUUCCAAAUGGCGGUCACAAUUGGCAUAUUGAUUGCAAAUUUGGUAAACUAUGGUACCGCUACCAUGAAGAAAAACGGAUGGAGAGUGUCCCUUGUGCUCGCAGCUGUACCUGCUAUUAUCAUGACCGUAGGAACUGUUUUCCUACCGGACACACCUAAUUCAUUAAUCGACAGAGGACAGAAAGAGCAAGCGAAAGCCAUGUUGCAAAAGAUACGCGGAACAAGCAACGUGGACAAUGAAUUCGAGGACCUUGUCAUAGCAAGUGACCUGUCUAAACAGGUUGCAAGUCCAUGGGGUAACAUAAUGCAACGCAGAUACAGACCACAAUUGACAGUUGCUAUCCUGAUUCCGUUCUUCCAACAACUCACCGGCAUCAAUGUCAUCAAUUUCUACGCCCCCGUCCUGUUCAAAACACUCGGAUUUGGAGACGGGGCUGCCUUGAUGACAGCUGUCAUCACCGGAGUUGUCAAUGUUGUCGCCACACUUGUCGCCAUUUUCACUGUCGACAAAUUUGGUAGGAGAGGCUUGUUCCUCGUCGGUGGCACCCUCAUGCUUGUCUGCCAG